AUGACCCUUGCAGUCCGAGAUCUACAAAGUGCCCUGUCCCGAGCCAUUCCCCCGCGAGCUCCAAGCGUUACUGUCCCGCUCAAAGCAGCACCGUUCCUCCCCAUGCAACCCGAAAUCAACAAAUCCCUCCGAUUCCAGGGUGGCUUACCCUCUCAGAUCCGCAACAUAUCCACCUCGCGUUCACGAGCCCUACCACCAGGAAAAUCACCAAUCGAAAGCAUCCCUGCACCAUUCUUGAGUUUACUUCUCAGCAACACGGAAGAAGCCGUAAUCGGCAAUGCAGGCGAACCCGAUUUGCUGCGGAACCUGGUGCUCCUUCUCUUCGACGAUCCUGGUAGCUUUGAUGGGGUUACGGCGGCGGUUGUCCGGGAGCACUUGGUUUGGGAGUGCGCUCAUCCGCGAGCAAGGGGCGGGAGCAGGGCUCUGCCCGAAGCGUGGUUUUUCGUCCCAGCGGAAGAGCUGGAAUCGGUUGUGAGCCCGGUGACGAAGGACCUGGAUAGUAGCUUUGUGCGGCUGGUUGCUAAGGAUUGGGAGCCUGAAGCAAAGGAGGAGGAAGAUGAAGACGAACUUAGUGACGUGGAUGAGUCUGAUCAGGGACGGGAACUGUAUGAUUGGGAGAAGCCGGCUGAGGGGCGUAUGGACUGGGAUGUUGGGUGGAUGAAGAUUGAGUUUGACAGUGUUAUGGUUGAGCGAUACGCUUACUUGCGUGAUGAUUUGGCGUGGGAACAAUAUUACCAGCGCCCGCCGAGUGUUGCUUCGUUCGAAUAG